AUGGCAUCUAUGCCUCAGAGGCAUGACCGGCCGCCUCCUCCAUGUCCCACCUGGGUCUAUUCCAACAACUCCGACACCCAUGUAGCCAAAGAUCGCUUUUGGUUCGGUCAAGACUAUGUUCCCUUCAGAUCCUAUGUCACGGAUAUUGCUGGAGGCUCGGUUGAAGUCAUUGGAAUGGGAACUGUCAAUCUCGCCACCGUGAGUUUGCCAUUCCAGACCCGUCCGAAUCCGCACAGCUCCCUUCGCUUGAAGAAUGUGCUACAUGCUCCUGCAAUGCUUUGCAAUAUCAUCGGAAGCCCUGUAAGUGACAACUACACAGUUAUGUGCGGCCCCAAUACCUCAGAGAUGUCCGGUUUUAUUGUGAAGAACGCCGACGGUUCUGUCAUGGCCUACUUCAAGCCCAUGAGACAAGGCCCCUGGCUGUACCAAAUCCAGCUUGGAGAGCCUCCACUCGGCCAUGAGUUUGGGAUUUCGCCUUUGUGCCCUAACGGACUCUACCUGAUUCACGCCUUCUGGUCCCAGCGUGAGCGGCACCGAUUUGAAGUCUUGAGAGCAUCCGGUCUGAUUCGAGCCUCCGGCGUAGAGCCGCUGACCCCGGCCGAAAAGAAUUGGUUCGCGAAGCAACGUAUGUCUGAAAUGGGAAUUGCGCUGGCCUACGGUUUGAGCAACAACAGGGAGGAGCAUCGAGAGGAAAGCCGUGCCAUCAUGCGAAUUCUCAAAUCCCAAGCCGAAAAUGAACCGAAGAUCUGA